AUGCGCGGAGGCGCGGCGUGGGGGCGGGAGCCGCGCAGCCCCUUCCCCGCGGCGGUGAAGAUCAUUGCUAGGAAGAACUCUGGGCGUGAUAACACCUUGUAUGUGAUGAUGGCUCAACUCUUAAGAUCUCGUCUGAUAAACGCUGCAGUGAUUCGUAAUCGAAUGAACGUGCUUUCAUCUCUUGGAGUCGUUAGAAACAGGAUGAUGUCAACUCAGAAAUCACCAAAGAAGAUGAGAGAAUAUUACAGGCGGCUGAACCUGGAAGAAGGAUGCUCUGCAGACGAUGUCAGGGAAUCUUUUCGGAAGCUCGCCAAGCAAUACCAUCCAGACAGUGGCUCUCCCACGGCGGAUUCUGCGACGUUUAUAAAGAUCGAAGAAGCGUACAGGGCGGUGCGCUCCCACGUGAUGCAGCAAACCAGUGCCAGGCAGAAGAAAAUCGAAGAUGCAGAGGAUGAGGAAGAAAACUCCAAAUACAAAGCUCCCCAGCACAGGCAUUACUUAAGCUUCGAAGGUAUUGGUUUUGGAACGCCAAGUCAACGAGAGAAGCAGUACAGGCAGUUCAGAGCGGACCGUGCCGCUGAGCAGGUGUUGGAAUAUCAGAAGCAGAAACUGCAUAGCCAGUACUUCCCUGAAGGUUUAACUGUCAAAGAUGUGAGACACAGUAAAGAACAAAAGAUAACUCAAGCAAUAGAGCGCUUAGUGGAGGAUCUCAUUCAGGAGUCUAUGGCCAGGGGAGACUUCGAUAACCUCAGUGGGAAAGGAAAGCCUCUACAGAAGUUUUCUGGCUGUUCAUACAUUGAUCCCAUGACUCACAACCUGAACAGAAUAUUGAUAGAUAACGGAUACCAACCAGAAUGGAUCCUAAUGCAAAAGGAGAUAAAGGAUACUAUUGAUCAACUCCGAGAGUCCAUUGUAGUGUCCAGGAAAAAACUGGGGAACCCCAUGACGCCCACGGAACAGACACAGUGGAAGCAAGUUUGUGAGCAGUUUCAGGAAGACAUCAGAAAACUGAACAAGCGAGUGAACGAUUUUAACUUGAUUGUUCCCCUCCUAACCAGGCAAAAGGUCCAUUUCGAUGCGCAGAAAGAAAUCGCAAGAGCCCAGGGAGUAUACGAGACCCUUAUCAAAUCCAAAGAAGCCGCAGAGGGAAACGCAAACAGCAUUGAUCAGGGUGAAGGGGAGAAAACACCUGGAGUCAGGACAGGGUUUUUCAACUGGACGAAUGUGUGGAAAUUCAUUAAAACCUGACCAUUUCAACGUUCACAGCCCCGGCCCAAAUCAUCUUCCGCUGUGCUGACGUCACACAUAGAGGCUGUUACACAGGCGUCAGAGAACCGUGUGCCGUACUUUUCACAAAACUGGUCACAGCUCCGGUGAUGUGUGAGGAGAAAGCUGGAGGAGACUGGCACAGAAAUGUUCAGCCAGCUUUGCUCUGGGAAAAUAGCAAGGGAAGAAGAGACGCCCUAAGAAAAAACAAUUUAAUCCAUUUCCAAGUUUAGUUGUCAGUCAUCAGGUGAGAUGCGUUAGGACAGGGGCUUGGGCUGGGAAUCAUAAAGGGUAUUCCAAACGUC